CUGAACUACCCAGUGAUAAAAACAUCAGCUGAUUGAAAAUAUUUGAGUUACAAUUGCCGGCUUUUUAAACGUUUCGUAAUAAAAAGUAAAAAAGUAAAAUAAAAAUGCUAAGUGUUGCAAAUUUUUCAUCUUCUGACGAAGAAGACGAAACCAAUGCUUAUAAUCUUAUUUGUUAUCGCAGGCAGAUAAGAAUUCAGUCAAACAUAUUUUCCCUUCCAAGUUCAAAAUUUGUAAGCAAUUUUAGACUGAACAAAGCGUCUUUUCGGUACGUUCUAAGGACAAUUUCACAAAAACUUCGUGAUCCCUCCAGAUCAACAUGUGUGCCUAAAACUUUGCGGCUGGCAGCAACACUAAGAAUACUCGCGGAAGGUAGCUACCAAAAAGGAGCAGGAAACGAUUUCAACGUGGGCCUGGCACAACCCACAAUGAGUUGUGUCUUUCACGAGUGCAUAGAUGCGAUGUAUAGCGAACUUUGCUCCAAAUGGAUUACAUUCAAAAUGAGCGAAAGGGAAAAGAUGGAAAUAAAGGAACAUUUCUAUGGUCAAACGAGGUUUCCGGGCGUAAUUGGCUGUAUUGAUGGCACCCAUAUAAAGAUUUUGGCUCCAACUCUAUCAGAACGUUGGAAAUACUAUAAUAGAAAGGGAUUUUAUAGCUUAAAUGUGAUGGUGGUCUGUGAUCAUAAACUAAGAAUACGUUAUAUUUCACCAAGCCAUCCAGGUUCAGCACACGAUUCGUUGGUAUGGAAUGUUAGUGAUCUUAAAGCAUAUCUUGCAGAACGAUAUAAUAACGGAGAAAGAAACACAUGGCUUUUAGGUGAUGCAGGAUAUCCACUAGAACCAUAUUUAAUCACCCCCUUUAGGGCAGCAGAAGAAGGCAGUGCUGAGUCUCGAUUUAACACAGUACAUUCAAAAGCAAGAAAUAUUGUGGAAAGAACAAUUGGUGUUGCAAAAAAUAGAUUCCGCUGCCUGCUUGGUGCGAGACAGUUGCAUUAUUCUCCAGAAAUGGCCGCGAAGAUUACCGCAGUUUGUGCAGCUUUACAUAAUAUAUGCAUCCACUAUAAACUCGAUCAUAGUGAAUUUGAAAUCCCUUUAGAAAAUCAAAAUUCAGAUGAAGAUUAUAAUGAAAAUAAUGGCGACAUGACAGCAACAAGUAUAAGAUUAAAUAUCAUGAACACAAUGAAUGUAUAAAAAAAUUAGUUUUAUUGAACACAAAAUAUAAAAAAUAACACAAAAGGUAUCCUAUACCCAUGGCAAUUAGGAACUUAACAGCAAAAUAAAAAAUGGCACUAUGCAUAAAAACACACAAAUCAUAAGAAUUCUUGAAUUCUGGCUUUUUCUAUCUCAAUUUUUUGUUGUUUGAGGGUUAUUUCUUCCGUUCUCAAUUUCAA